AUGCCUAGAGUGCCUUCUUUGUCACCUACCAACCAUCGUCGGCCUUCGACAUCUACCUCUUCAGGACCUCCACAACAUGUUUUCAUGGUCAGUAAACACAUAGCUGGACCUUCACAGCUUGCGGUAUCAGCUGGUGAAGGGGAUGGUCCAGCGAGUGUGACUAGUAUAGUGGAAGCUCUGAACAAGAGACAACCGCCUAGCUGUGAUGCCUGCAGAACUAGGAAGUUGAAAUGCGCUGGAAGACCUACAGUCAUUGAGCUAGGGUUGGAGGCGAUAGCCACUGUACAAUGCGAGCACUGUCGGGAAUGGGGACUGGACUGCUCGUACCUGUAUCAACGAAAACGACGGGGUCGCAAGAAUCGGGUCGUAGAGCGAUUAGCAGAAGAGCAGCGAGCGAGGAGAAAGUCACUAGGAGGGGAUGUUUUAUCAGGGCAGGUAAGGCCGGGUACUGGUGGUGGAUCAAGUAGCUCGGAUGAAGAAGAACCGGAAAGAAGAGAUAGUUUCAAUAACGGACCAAGAAGGGAUAGCUUCAAUGAUGGGAUGCGAAAAGAAAGCUUGGAUGUUGGACCGAGAAGAGAAAGCUUUACGGAUGAUAUGAGAAGGAUCAGUUUUGCUGGAGAUCACAGACGGGAUAGUUUCAAGAAGGAAGGGGCUUUCCCACCAUCAGUCACCAAUGGGUAUAGGACCGACGAAGCUAGGCAGCCACCGCACACAAUGCCACCACAACCCGUUGCUCCUGCUUUACCACAACGACCAUCAUAUCACCAACCUCCAUUUCAUGGUCCACCUGAACCAGCAUCAGCAUCAGGAUCAGCAUCAACCGCAUCAGCUGUACCGCCUCCUUUUAUGCAAAUGCCUCAGCUAUACCAUCAGGAUUCCAACCCCCUUAUCAGACCUGCAAACGACUCGCCUAGACCUUACUACCCUUCUCCUCCUGAUUUCAGUAAUCAUGCUCCACAUCCUCCGCAUUCAAUACAACCUUCUUCAGCUCCACCUCAUGCCUUCUCAUUCUCAAAUUCGGCUCAGAGUAACGGUACAAUACCUCCACACCAGCUGCAUCAGCAUGACCAGGCUGCUUCCUUACCUUCUGUGGCUUCUCAUGAUUUUGCAAAUUCGAUUUCAGCCAUAAAUUCAACUUCACCCAAUAAUGAGGUAUCACCCUCUGUGGCGCUUUCAGAGGCUUCCGCACCACCUUCUACAUCUAUAGAUUCUGUCUUACCUAGAGAGAUGGCUAUGAAUACAAUAAAAUUAUGGUUCGAUCACAUACAUUGUAUCAUACCAGUGAUUCAUCGACCCUCAUUCAUGGCUGAUCUAGUGACACAUGAGGAAGAACGUAGACCGAUGUUCUUCGCUCUGAUCAUGGGUAUGAUAGCGACUACCCUCAUUCAUGUACCCAAAUCAUAUUUCGGAAUGUCAGCGGAAAGCGUCAGGAAAUUGUCGGAUAAAUGUAUGAAAGCUUGUUAUGCCGUCACGAGGAGGGAGAUGGAUAAUCCUAAUCUGGACCUUAUCUGUAUAAAAUAUAUGGUAUUCAUCAUACACAACAAACAUGGUAAUGUCGGAUUGGAAGCAGCUGCUUUUGGUGAAGCGCAAUACCUAGCGAUCAGUUUAGGAUUGCAUAGAGAAGAUGCGUAUUACGGCUUAGAUCCUAUAGAAGCUGAAAGACGACGUCGAGCAUGGUUCUUGAUAUACAAUGCCGACAAGUUCGAAGCUGUGGCAAGGGCCAAACCCGUCUUACUUCGUCCAGAUGAAUUCUUAGGUCCUGAAGCGACCAAUUUCCCAACAGAGUUGGAUGACAAGUCAAUCACGAAGCAUGGCUACUUACCCAACUCGAUACCUGUACCUUUGAUAAGUGGUUUCAACAUUUUGACUAGAAUCGUCACCAUCUUGGGUGACAUUUUGGUACACGAAAGGGAUAUUCGUCGACGACCCCCAAACGAUCCCGAAGAGCUGUUGUCGGCCCUCAGACAAGUCAGACAGCUCCAGCAACGUAUCAAAGUCAUUGCCGAUAAGUUACCUAGACCUUUCCAGCUUGAAGUCGGUUCUGGUGAUGUCCUACCUGCACCAGGAUGGGAAGAAGCUAUCCGAGAUGAACUCGACUUGUUCUUCUCCGAUCCAAUGUCAUCAGAAACAGCCAAGGAUGGUUAUCUAGUUCUGAAAGCCAACAUACACGUCACUCUAGCUAUGACCAGACUUCGACUUAUUCUCCAUAGAGAAGAUCUAUUGAACAGGAGUGGACAGGUGGGAACUCCCAGUAGGAACGCUGCUGAGUUGGUGGCUGCAGACUUGGGAGAGAAUGUAGAUUGGAGACAUACUGUGUACCAAGAUUUGUUCAAGGCCGUGCAUGGUAUACCGAUCCAAGCUCUGGGGCCAUCGUUGGUUACGAAAAUUAGAGUAGUUGCUGUUACGCUUCUUGACGCUAUGCCAUCUCAAGAACAGGCGGAUCCGAACGUACAAGGAAUAGCAGCUUAUCUACUUGACUUCCUGAAUAUCAUGAGCAGCAUCGAAAGUCAAUUCGCGGAUUGA